AUGAGGAAGAUUUGGUCCCUGAGAAAAGAUAAGGACAAGAGGAAGUCCAUGUCAGGAGCUUCAAUCUCUUACCAAACUUCUAGUCCAAGUCCUCUCAGUCAUUCAAGCCAUAACCAUCCUGCUAAUCAUAAACCUUCAAUCACUUCGAUUGAUUCUGCUCCAGAAUUUGAUCCAAAUGGCUCAAUUAUAUCUUAUGACACCUCUGAUUAUCCAAAUAACACCUAUGAUGAUUAUCCAACUCUAGCCAAUUCAACUAUUAGUAGUAUUCCCGAAGCAACUACUCUAAAUAGUCAUAAUAAUUUGAAUUUUAAUAAUUAUCAUCUAAAUUCUAAUCAUAAUCAUUCCUUAUCAAGUACUUCUCAAUUAAACAAAUCAUACUUAUCUACCUCCCCAACUUCAACUACUCAUGAUUUAAAUUAUAAUAAUUCAAUUAGUAAAAAAACAGUUAGUUCUUUAAUUAAACCUGAUUAUGAUACUAAAUUAAUUAAACAUAAUUGGUUAAAUGUCAUUGUUAAUUCUCAUUCAGUUAAUGAAAUAAGUGAACAAACUUUAAAAGUUUGCCGUGCAGAAUUAAAGGGUUCUCACUUAUAUUUAUAUAAACCUUCUCCAACUUUGAAUAUAAAAUCUUUCAGAAUCGAUGGUCAUCAACAACAGCAACAACAACAAUCAAUUCUCAAUGAUGAACCAGUCAAUCAACAAGUCACUGCUCCUCCUCAAGUAGCGUCUUCUCCUUCAAUUAAUGCCCCAGCUACUCCUGCAAAUAAUCAACAACUGUCCUUCUCCUCAGAUUUAUUCAAAAAUUCAAAUGGUUCCAAUUUAACUCUUCAAGAAUUAACUGCUCCUUCCACUCCUCAAAUAAAUCAUCCAGCAAUUCAUACUCCUCCUCCUCCUGUUUCAAUCAAUGAUGACAUAAUAAUAACUUAUUUUCAAACUACUAUACCCCACCCAGAUUUAAAAUUUGAAGAAACUCCAGACUCUUUUAAAUUAUUACUGUCCCUGAUCCUGUUACAAACGACCGUUCCAAGUCGUUCAAACUCAACUACUAGUAAUUCAAUGAGUACACCGACUCCCCCCACCACGGGCGGUUCGUCUCUUGAAUCUAUAAUACAUUUUUUUCUUUUCGCACCUGGUGAUCCAUCAAAAUAUACUUCUUCAAUUAAUCAAUUAAUUCAAACUUUACCAUUAUUUCCAAAUUUCGGUAAGAUCUUGAAACUUAUUCAUUUAUUCCUUUUUUAUCUUUUAGACAUUGAUGCACCAACUUCAAAAUUUAUCAAUCAAUCUUUCGAUAUCUCUUUAUUAACAAAUAGAUUAAUUCAAUUAUUUAAAAAUAUUGAUUCAAAUUUUAGUGGAUUCUUAUUGAAAUCCGAUAUAGCUCCUUAUAUUUUGAAGAUUUUGGAAACUUUAACCGAUCAUUGUUCUACAAAAGAUGAUUUGGCUACCUUGAUUCAAACUUUCAAAUCAACAAUGUUAUUAAAACAACAACUGUUGAUUAAUUUGGUUAAUCAUGAUUCAUUAUCCGGUUCUGAUAAUCCUUUACAAGAUUUGAAUUCAACUAUUUUUAUGAAUGAUAUUAAUUUAUUUGAUAUGGCAACUGCUAUUUCAACAAUUGAUUUGAAUUUUUUCGAAAAAUGGAAUUCAAAUUUUGAUAAAUCCUUAUUAUUAACUAGCUCCUUGAAUAAUUCAUCAAAUGGAGUUGGUGGAGAUUUUUUCUAUAAAAAAAAUCCUCUCAUCUUUAAUAAUGAUAACCAUAUUCAUUAUUUAUCAAAAUUAUUAAUUAAUCAUUUGUUUAUUGAAAAUGUUAAUGCUAAUGGGUCUUCACAUUCUUUAGAGAAAAAGGCUAGAUUAUUAGAAAAAUGGAUUGAUUUGGGUUGUUUAUUAGAUAAAUCUGGUAAUAUGUCUUCUUGGUUAGGUAUUUCUUCAAUUAUUUUAUCUCAACCAGUACUUCGUUUAACUAAAAUUUGGGCUCUUGUCUCUCCUGACUAUAUUAAAUUAUUGAAAAAUGAUUGGUCUCCAGUUUUAUUUGAAUUAGAUAGAAGACAUUUGGCUAAUGGUGGUACAAGCAUAGUUGAUGAGGGUAUUUCCAGGAAUAAAAAACAUGAUGGCUCUUCACCUUCUGAUUCUCCAAUUGAAAAACUGGAAGAUUUCAUCUCAAAAGAUUCGUAUCAUAUCAUGGCUCCUCGUGGUUUAGGUAAAAUUUAUCCAAAAGAGAAAGUCAUACCGUUCUUUGGUGAUUUGGUGAUUAAUAAUUCUUCCUCAACUAAUAUUAACGAUUUAGAAUCUAUUUGGAAAAGAGUUAAUUACCUGUUUAGUAGAUGGAAUGAAUAUUUGUCAAAUUUGAAAAAUUUUGGUAAAAUCAUUAAAUAUAAUGAAGAUGUUUUGAAACGUUAUGAUAACAUGGGAUUUAUUUUUUCAAAUGAAAGCUUGAAUCAAGUUUUAUACUUGGGAGCUAAUUCAAAUUCAUCCAAUUUGGAAGAUAUUCCUCCUAAUGCAUUUGAAGAUAUGGAUAAUUCAAAUAAUUCACCAAAGAAAAAUUCUAAAGUUAAUCAAAAUUUACAAUCUAAAUUGCUUCGUCUUAUAGAAAUUAAUUGUGAAUCAACCAGUUUAGAAAAGAUAAUGAAAUUAUCAUUAACUUUAGAACCUGAAUUACCUGAGGCAUAUCUUAAAGUUCCACCAAUUUCAAACACUUCUUUACGUCACCCUUCGAAUGCAAGUUAUACUAUUCCUGAAGUUAAAACUCCACUGCCUUCAACUUUAACCUUCAAAUUGAAUAAUUCAAGCUCCUCCAAUUUAUCGAUUCACUCAAAUGAUUCUUCAAAUUCAAUCAAUACCACCGCAACAGACGCUACUAAUUCAACUAAUUACCAAUCUUCAAAUUCUAACUCUAAUUCAAAUAACUACUCCCAUUCGAGAUCUCAUACUCAUUCCUUCUCAACUGGUUCGGUGGGACUUCCAAGUACUAGUUCAAGUAAAAGUAUUGAUGAAAAUAAUCCAGCUUCAAAAAUUCCAAUUUUUAAUAAUCAUUAUUUCAAACUUAAUUUAUCAAAAUAUGAUGAUUUGACAGUUUUGGCUAAUGGUUCAACUAACGUCUCAAACUCAAUUACUCAUGAUCCAAGACUUCAAUUCCACCACACAGAUGGACCAAUUGAUAAACAUAAUGUUGUUAUCGAUGACGACUUGACUUUUAGAAUUGAUGAUUUUGUUAGUGAUUUAGAUAAUUCUUUGGUUACUGCAGGUACUUCAAAUACUUAUGACGAUGUUGGUGAUAAUGAAGAUGCUGAUGGUGAUGUUCCGGGAUUAGGUAUUGAUGUUGAUGAUAUUUUAAAUUCUGAUAAAUUUAAUAAUUUUAGUAUAAGUGCUACAAAUUCACCAAAUCCUAAUGAAAAUAAGCAACUGGGUAAUGCUAAUAACAAUGGUAACACUUCUAAUGAAGAGAAGGCCAAAAAUCAUGCAAGCUUUGGAGCAAUUUCAUCAGACUCUUCUCACCUCCGUAAUUCUCAUGGGCAAAGUUUCAAGUAUAUUCCGAAGUAUGCUUCUAUCGACAAAUUGAUUGAUUUAUUAUUGAUUGAUUCAAAAUAUUUCGAUGAAUUAAUCUCAUUAGAUUUGACUGAAUAUAGAUUUGUUUUCCUAUUGAAUUAUAACUCAUUCAUUAGUACCAGAGUGUUGUUAGAUAAAUUGGCUCAUCGUUUCAUUAAUUCAGGUAAUGCUGUUAUCUCAGUUAUGAAAAAACUUUACAUGAUGAGAAGUGGUAGCUUUGAUAAUAAUUUUGGCGAAUUUCCAAAUUGGAAUAUUGAUACUUCCAUUGAUUUGAAUGAGUUGGGUGACGUUGAUUAUGAAUUAUUAUUAAAGAUUCAAAUUAAUAUCUUGAAAAUAUUAAUUGUUUUGAUUAAUAAUUUUUAUUCGAACUUCGCAACUGAUUUAACCAACAAGAAAAUCUUGAUCAAGUUAUUGAAGUUAUACAGUAAUGAAAUAUUGCAAUGGUAUAAUUCCAACAAAAUUGAUGCAAGUUUGGAGAAGUCUUUUGAAAGUUUAGUUAAUUAUUACAAGAAAUUGAAAAAGUUAUUUGUUAAAAAGACUUAUAGACCGGUGGAGAUUCUGAAAUUUGACGAAUACUUAAUUAAUGAAUUCAAAUUCAAUAAUUCAUUACACGAAGUUCCAAUGAAUAGAAAUUUACCGGGCCAUAAGAAUAUAAAUAAAAUUGAAAAAUUUUUACAUAAGUUUAACAAACUUUUAACUGUUUUUUAUAAGGGCAUCAAAGCUGAAGAUUGGAUAAAAAUUUACAAGACAAUUGAAAAUCAGUAUGAAAACCACUCAUUAUUGGAUUUCAAUUUACAAAGAAAUUCAAGUAAUGAUGAUAAUUUGAUGAUCUCUAAUGUUUUUACGUUCUUUGAGUCCUUAACGGAUCCAUUAGAAAAACGCUUGCUCUUAAAGAAAUUCCCACUUGUAUUCCGAAAAUUAUUCAAGUUGUAUUAUAAAUUUAGAAGUUACUUGUUGAUCCAAUUGUCUGACUUGAACAUAACCGUUGAGGAACGUUUAGAUCGUAUGAAGACCUUAUUGAUUAUGACAAAGAUCUCAAAGUUGAAGAUGAGCGAUAAUCAAUUUGUUUUUGAAGGUGACAGAGAUAACAUACCAUCCUGUAUCGAAAGUGCUAUUACAAAUGUCAUUUAUUCUCCUGAAUCAAGAUCUUUCACCAAUUUAUGGAUUAAAGCUUCUAAUGCAUUAAUAAAUUAUCCUGAUCUUAACAGCAAUGUUGGCAAUGGCUCUAAUCAAAACAGCUUCAAUGACCUCAAUAGUUUGCUUCCUCCAAAUAUAAAAUAUUCUGACUUGAUUAUGAAUCAUGAACCUUUAUUACCAUGUUUCGGUUGGAUUAUAGAAAAUUUAAUUGAGACUAAUAAAUGCCCAAGCUUCCACCACACAGUAAUAAACUUUAAUAAGAGGUAUUUGAUUUAUAAGCUCAUCAAAGAAUUAAGUGUUGAAGAUAUCGAUUCUGGAGAUGAAGUCAGUUAUCAUGAUACCAGGGAGUUUGAGUUUUUAUUGAAACUUGAUGAAUCAUUAGCAACAAAUCAACAUUUAAGAGACUUUUCCAAUUUAGAGAAAGACAAAGUUAAGCUCUUCCGUCUGGUUUUGAGAGAUCAACAUAAAAUUUUGAUGAUUGAUAAUAAGAAAAAACAAGUGAAAGAAAAUAAGGAUUUAAACUCAAGUAAUUCCAACGGUAUUGGAUUGAGUAGUAGUAAUCCUAAUAAUAAUUCUUUGAACAAGAAAACUUCUACAUCAAGUCUUAGACGUCAAUCCUUGUCUUAUAAAUCUAACUCUUCAUCUAGAUUUAAAAUAAGUGGUUUGUUUAACAAAACUAGGCCAUUUUCUCUUAAUGUGUCAGGUUUAUCAAAUCAAUCUGAUAGGGUGGUAAGUGCUAAAGAAUUACCGAAUAUUGAAAAUCAUCAAGACUUUAAGCAAAAACCGUUUUUGGUAAUUCCAUUGAAGAACAAAAAGGUUUUCCCUGUUUAUUUAUUACCAUUAUGUUUCAAAAUUGAUUCUGAGACUUCUAAUGAUGAUUACUUCUUCCAGGCUCCUAAUGAAAUCGACUUAAAUGACUGGUUAGUGAAAUUAAAUUACGCAAACAGACAUUGGUUUUACUCUAGAUUGAUUAACUUGAAGUCUAAUCAUAAUUACACCACUUUUGGUAUUCCAAUCAAUGUUCUUUGUAAUCGAGAACAGUCCUCUUCCCCUAGAGUAUUGGACUUAAUUUUUGAAGAAAUUGAAAAUGAAGGUUUGAAAGAUAUAGGUGUUUACAGAAUCAGUUCUUCAAUUAGUGAAUUAAACCAUUUGAAGACAACAAUUGAUAAAACUGGUACUGUUAACUUCAAUGAUAAAGCUUACGAUGUUCAUACUUUAACAAGUUGUGUGAAGUCUUACUUCAGAGAGUUGCCUGAUGCCUUAUUAACCGACAAGGUUAUUGAUGCAUUCUUCUCAUCAAAAGAAGAUACUAAGUCUUCUCAGGAGGAUAAUGAGCUUAAGUUAGUUGAAAAUUAUAGAGAUAUCUUGAAGAAUUUACCAACUAUCAACUAUUUUACUUUGAAACAUUUAUUACGCCACUUACAAAAAAUCAGUCAAUAUAGUAAUGAAAACAAAAUGACUGCAUCUAACUUGGCUACUGUUAUAGGUCCUGCAUUGACUGAAGCCAGUAGUUUAGAGUCUUUGGUCAAUAACUUCGGUUUCAUGAAUUCAAUUCUUGAGAAACUCAUUGUUCAUUAUGAGUACGUAUUUGAAGAUACUGCUAAUGAUGCUUCUACUACUUAUGCGGCAAGUAUACUUGAUACACAUACGAUCAAUGAGAAAUUUAAAGAUACCGUUUCAAUUCAAUAA